AGUCACAAUGGAUUCUUCUGAAACUCCUACUCCUACACCAGUUGGCACUAAUAAUAGUAACCAGAAUUCAACCCCAUCCCAAGAGGCUGCGACAGAAGGAACUCAACAAAGGAGUAGAAGGAAGACCGAUCCAACAUGGGGAUAUUGUACACAAAUUAUUGAAGGAGGAAGAAAGAAGAUCAAAUGCAUGUUCUGUGACAUGAUUUUUCAAGGAGGAGGAAUCCAUCGUUUCAAGGAACAUUUGGCCAAAUACCCUGGUAAUGUAGCUGCAUGCAAGAAGGUUGAUCCUGAGGUUGAGCAUACAAUGUAUCAAAAUAUUGAAGAUUGGAAUGAGAAGAAAAAAAGAUGCAACGGGACUAUGUGGAAGGGCACCCAUAUGGGCCAGAAGCUGCAGAGGAUGAUGUUGUUGAAGUCUCCAAUAACAAUGCAGCCCCAUCAAACAAAGGGAAAAAAGACCUGCUGCUACUCCUAGUGUUGGCAAGUACUUCAAGCCUAGAACCGGACCACCAGGGGAUCAACCAACAAUUAAGAGUGUUCUUCAAGGAGAAGCAGUCAAAGAGAGGACAGAUAUGUGUGUGACAAGAUGGUUUCUUGAUGCAUCUAUUCCAUUUCAUGCAGCUAAUUCUGAAUUUUAUCAACCAAUGUUUGAUGUCGUGGCAGCAUUUGGUGGAGGAUACAAGGCGCCGCUUUGUAAUCCGCUAUGUGGUAGAUAUCUUGCAAAAGCUGUUGAAGAGACUAGGCAGUUUGUUGAUGGAUUCCGUCAAAAUUGGAGGAAAAGUGGCUGCACUAUUAUGGCUGAUGGAUGGACUGACAGAAAGAGAAGGACCCUCAUCAAUUUCUUGGUCUACUGUCCCAGAGGUAUUAUCUUUCUUAAGUCAGUUGAUGCCACUGAUAGCUCCAAGACUGGAGAUUUUUUGUUCAAAUUGUUCAGAGAUGUAGUUAAUCAUGUUGGGCCUGAAAAUGUGGUUCAUUUUGUCACUGAUAAUGCCUCAAACAUGGUCGCUGCUGGUAGAAGGAUAGAAGAUGAGUUCAAAUCCAUUUAUUGGUCCCCUUGUGCUGGCCAUUGUGUUAAUUUGAUUUUGUCAGACUUUGGUAAGGAGGAUUUAGUGAAGAAUACUGUUGCUCAUGCCUCAGUCAUUACAAAAUAUGUCUAUAACCAUUGCUUCCCAUUGUAUCUAAUGAGAAAGUUCACUAAAGGUCAUGAGAUUCUCCGCCCAACCCAAACUUGUUUUGCUACUAAUUUUAUUGCAUUGCAAAGCAUAUAUAAGUACAAGAAUGAACUGCAAGCAAUGGCUGUCUCUAAUGAGUGGACAAGUUGUGCAUAUUAUAAGGAAUCUUCUGCCAAAAAAAUUCACCAAAGCUGUGCUAGAUCAAAAAUUUUGGAAAGAUUGUGCUAUUGUUUGUCAAUUAUCAGAGCUAAUAGUUCGAGCGCUGAGAAUAGUGGACAGCGAUGAACGACCUGCAAUGGGCUACCUAUUUGGAGCAUUCCAUGCUGCAAGAGAGGAAAUUGUGAAGAGGUUUCAGAGAAAGAAAGACUUAGUAAAGCCUUUCUUGGAAUACAUGGAUGCAAGGUGGGAUAAACACUUUGAUAAGAAUCUUCAUGCUGCUGGCUUUUGGUUCAAUCCAAAUAACCAAUACAACACUGAACUUAGAGACAAGUACAGCUUCACCACUUCCGGAGUUCUUGAUGUCAUAGAGAAAUAUGCUGGCAAAGAUGUUGCCCUUAGAAAUGCUUUGACAAAAGAAAUGAAGAUGUUCAGAAAUGAAGAAGGUGAUUUUGGGCGUCCAACUGCUAAACAUGAUCGCCAACUCAUGCUUGCUGAUGAGUGGUGGCAAACUUAUGGCUGCAGUGCACCAAAUCUACAGAAGCUUGCUCUUCGUGUGUUGAGCCAAACAUGUAGUGCUUCUGGAUGUGAGAGGAGCUGGAGCUACUUUGAGCAUGUGCACUCCAAAAAAAGAAAUAGAUUGGAGCAUCAAAGGCUAAAUGAUAUUGUGUAUGUGCAUUGUAAUCUGAGAUUGCGACAAAGGUGCAAGUUGUCUACUCGCAAUUAUGACCCAAUAAUGUUCGAAGGAAUUGCAACUGGAAAUGAAGCUUGGAUUGUAGAAGACAAUCCACCUCGCCUUACCUCUGAAGGGCUAGAAGCGUUUCGCACUAAGCUGUCCGACUUGAAUAUACAAUGCAGUGAUAUUAUUGUCUCUUAUUUGGAGCUUGACUUGGAUUUGGUGGAGGCUGAUGCCAUGGAUGAAAGUGAUGAGAUUAUGGAUGAUCAGAACCUCAGUCACGAAGAUGCAUAUGAUUAUGGUGGAAUGGCAUUUGAUGUUGGAGGAGAACAACCUCAAGAUGAAUGGAAUCCAAUAGAUUUUUAUUGA